CCCUAUUCUCUUUGUCGUCCAUCUUCUUUUUCCUCAUUUGCUCUCUCACUUUCUCUACUUAAUAGUUAAUACUCGAGUAUCCUCUCCACUCCACUCCAUUCCACCACACCCUCUCUCUCUUUCCACUUGUUGAUACAUACUGUGACAGAUUUUAUACUUGGAUGAAAUCAGACGCCAUGAAAGAAUCACCAGGUUCCUGUUGCUUAUGUUCCUCUUUGAAGUCUUUUUUCUCUGACAAAGUCCAAGGCAUGCUUUGUCGUUGCAAUACAUCUAGCAAGUAUAAGAGGCUAAAUCCAAAGCUUGAAAAGAAAAUGGUGGAGGCCAUCAAGAAAAGAGGCUCUUCUGAACCUAACACUUUUAAGUCAAUUAAUAGCAUAAUCUUGAAGUUUCCGAAGUUCAAAGAAGGAUUAAAGAACAUCAAGAGUGUUUUUGAUCAAUAUGACGAGGAUUCAAAUGGAACAAUUGAUCACGAGGAGCUAAAGAAAUGCUUAAACAAACUGCAACUCCAUCUGACCGAGAGAGAAAUAGAAGAUCUUUUCCAGGCUUGUGAUGUGGAUGGAAUUGAAGGAAUACAGCUGAAUGAGUUUGUGGUUCUUCUAUGUCUCAUCUAUCUUCUGAUGGACUCUCCAGACAAUUCUCAUUCUGUACCCACAACAAUCUCCAAUCCAAUUUCAAGGACGGGAUCUCCUGAACUGGAGGCCACCUUUGAUACGAUUGUUGAAGCAUUUAUGUUUCUUGAUAAGAAUGGUGAUGGGAAACUGAACAAGGAAGAGAUGGUAAUGGCACUCAACGAGGCCUCUCCUUGGGAAAAAUCCCCUGGACGCAUUUCCAGAAAUCGGUUCAAAGAAAUGGACUGGAGCAACAGUGGAAAAGUCAGCUUCAAGGAAUUCCUCUUUGCAUUGACCAAUUGGGUAGGGAUUGAUGCUGAUGACGAGAAGGAACGCAUAUUGUGACUGGUCUGUUGAAGAUGGGGAAAUUGGACAUCAGUGUAGCAGAGCAAGUAACUUGGAGAGGUGACACUAAAAUCCUGAAAUUGUAUGUGGAAUCCAAACUUCUUAUCCUGUUGGCUUGAAUUGACUUGGUUUCUUGCUGUCUUGAAAGUAAUGUCGUCGUUUGACAUUCUAGUAGAUUGCAAGUUUGUGACUGGUAUUGAUGUAAUUUUUAUCCCCGCAUCUAUUUAUCUUCAGUUCUCUAUAGGGAAUUCUUAUGAAAUGUGUAACGACAGGUGAGAAGUGUGAAAUAUGUUCUUUCAAUUCA